AUGAGCGUCCGGGUCGUCGCGCGGGUUCGACCCCUUCUCAAGUCCGAACGGGAGCUCGAUGUUAUUCUUCGCACGGGUGCGUCUGCUGGUGCCGCCGAGACCAAGUCGCAGCAGUCACUGAAUGGCGACCGAAAGCUGGCGGCGUUGAGGGAUAGGGAUAACGUGGUUCGCAUCCCCAACCCCAAGAACGAGGGGGAGGAGUAUACCUUUCAAUUCAAUGCCGUCUACGAUGCGGAUGUGGCGCAACAGGAGUUGUUUGAUGCCGAGGUCGCUCCGACGAUCAAGCAUCUUUUCAAUGGAUUUGAUAUCACUCUGUUUGCCUAUGGUGUGACCGGAACCGGCAAGACACACACCAUGCGCGGCGGUAAGAGUCUCGCGGAUCGAGGUGUCAUCCCACGACUCCUGAGUGGCAUCUACAGACGGAGCCGGAAGAUGGAAAAGGACAGCAAUGGAGAGACUACUGUCCAAGUAUCUCUGAGCUACUACGAAAUCUACAACGAUAAGGUGUAUGAUCUGUUUGAGCCGCCGGAGAAGCGCACUCUGGCCGGGCUUCCUCUUCGGGAUAACGGGGGCAAGACAGUGGUCUGUGGUCUGACGGAGAAGACAUGCACAAGUUUGAAGGAGUUUGAAGGGCUUUAUGAUCAAGCAAACACUAAUCGCUCAACUUCUGCCACGAAGUUGAACGCCCAUUCAUCUCGUUCCCAUGCAAUCCUUGGAGUGAAGGUCACGAUCACGACACCGGAGAAAACCCGCAUCAGCACCGCCUCUGCAAUUGAUCUUGCAGGAUCGGAAGACAAUCGGCGAACAGAGAAUGAUAAGGAGCGCAUGGUGGAGUCGGCCAGCAUCAACAAGAGUCUCUUCGUCCUGGCACAGUGUGUGGAGGCAAUCACCAAGAAGCAACACCGCAUCCCGUACCGCGAGUCGAAGAUGACCCGAAUCUUGUCAUUAGGACAGAACAACGGCCUGACGGUGAUGAUUCUCAACCUUGCACCUGUCCGAUCAUAUCACCUGGACACAAUCAGCUCGCUGAAUGUCGCCAACCGCACCAGGAAGAUUGAGGUGCGGGAAGUUGAGAACGAUCCAAUCUUCAAGGGCCCUGCCCGGCCCUCAGCUCGGCCCUCCAUGGCAGCAAGCCGGAAGCCGCUGCAGCCUCUCACGGCGUCGGUCAAUGUCAAUAUGCCCGCUGCUGUUGCAAAGGACCCGACCCAGAAGGACGAUGACAAGCCAUUGAAAGCCUUCAGCGUUUAUUCUGAUCGAUCACAGCCCAAGCCUGUGACCCAAAUUCGAAAGGCUGAGAUGCCAAAGAGAACGUCUCUCUCCUCAGAGGCGCAUCCUAUUCGCACAUUGAAGCCCCCUCGCCCGACCUUUGCUCCCUCUCAGGCUCCCUUAAGCUAUGGUGAUAUUUCCGCUGCUAGAAUCGAGGAGAUGGUAGAGAAGAAAGUUGAGGAGAUCUUGGCCGUGCGGGCUGUGAGCGAACAGUCAAGACAGACCCAAGUCCAUGAACUCAACGAACAACUUCAGCGGCGCCUGGAACAGCUAGAGCAGCGUAUUGAGGGCACCGAGGAUGCUCGUGCCGAGGGUCUGUCCUAUCUGCUCAUGGCCAAGCAGCACCACGCCCGCGGCGAGAACAGCUCCGCCUUGAGGAUGUACCAACUGGCUCUUCCACACUUCCCGCACAAUGAGAAGCUGGCAUCUAAGAUUGCUGCUCUGAAGGAAAGCCUGCACGGAAAUUCCAAGGCUCGUCAGUCCAUUGCCCCUGUAUCUCCGCCCAAAGGCAGAUUCGGAAGCAUGCUGUCUCUCAAGAAGGAGCCGACUCUUACUCUCGGCAAGCGUCAGGUGGGGGACAUGGACGAUGACGAUGUGGACCGGGUUGGUGGCGGCGGAUUUUCUAGCGGCGAGGAGAGUAUCCUCCCCGUGUCAAAGAAGCGCGCUACGGUCAAAGCUCUUCGUCAUAGGUUGGGUGAUCGGAGUGCCCUGGAUGACUACAAGGACCCGUCCGUCUCUCCACGAACUAUCCACCUCCUCUCUAUCAUCAACUCACGAGAUGUGAGCCAAAUCAAGCUGUUGAAGGGCGUUGGGGCCAAAAAGGCUGAGGCCAUUGUCGACUGCCUUUGUGAGAUGGACCAGGCGUCAUUGACCACAGCCGACGAAAUGAUCUCGGACCAUCCUCAGUUCCAAGUGAGUAGCCUGGCCGAACUGAGUACGUUGAAGGGGGUGGGCGUUCGCACGGUGGAGAACAUGCGAAAUGGAGUUUUGGUCUGA